AAGUCUAUACCUACGAAUGAUUCAAUGAAUUUUCUUUCUGUAUACCUUCAGUAUAAAAUGGUUGAAUGCAGACUGAUUUAAAACAGUUGCAUUAUUAAGACGAAAUGAGUUUUCAAAAUGUAGCGCUCAUGUCAAAACAAGAUUUAAGUCCAACAGAAUUAAUUCCCUUGGCAAGAUACUCUUCUCAAAGAAGAACUUUCACAAAAUGAAAACUUUUUAAUUUUAUUUUGAGCAGAAGCAAUAGCCGGAAUAUUUGAGUUUUAAAAGAGAGAAUUUAAACAAAGAUGCUAUAAAAAUGGGAUAGAAAGAAAUUUGACACAAUGGAUCUUAAGAAUUGGGUACAGGUGUUUGUCUUUCUUCAAGUUAUGAUAGGAAUUGUUGGUCAGAAUGAGAUAUGUACAUUCUAUGGUCUAGAGGCAAACUGCAGGUAUCGUAUUGAUGCUAUCUCCCUGUCACAUAUCAGGGUGGAGAUCAAUCAAUGUGCCGACCCUGUUGAAGUCACUUUCUACAUCAAAAAUGAGAGGCCUUAUGUAGAUUUCAGUCACACAUUUAACAGAGCUGAUACUCUGGUAUCCGUGCCAAGAUUCAUGGUACGUACACAGCUCCGAGUUAGACUGACAAAGAAGAAAGAUGAUGUCAUUAAUAUUGAGGCAGAUUUCUUUGUAUAUGGACAGGAAAGGGCAGACUUUAUUAAUGAUGAUGUUAAACUUAGAGGACUAGAGGAUCAUUGUCCCUUGUUGAAUACAGCAGCAAAGAUUGCUAUAGGAGUGACGUGUGGACUGACAGUCUUAGUUGCCAUUCUGAUCUUCUCUUUGUUAUAUAUUCGUUACAAAAGGAGAAAAAAGAGAGCAGCUUUUGCAGAGAACCAGCUUGUUAAUAAUGCUGCUGAGCUGGGAACCUCUACACCGGUUUCCUCAUUGACAAAUCUAAAUGAGAGCCACAUGGGAACCAGUCAAGUAGCUUCUUUAAAUAGUAACAAUAUAAAUGGUGAACAAAAUGCUAGUGAUAGUGCAGUUUCUGAUGAAAGAAGAAGUUUAGACGAUGAUAGAGGAAAUAAUGCCAGUAGAAAUUCAGUUACAUCAGACAAGGACAAUAAUAGACCUGACAUUAGAUACUCAGAUAUAUUAAAAAAUGGAAAUCUGAAAAUUUCUGACUGUUAGAUGAUUAUUUUAAGAUCUUUUUGAAGUUUUUAGCUGUCAGUAACCUGGGACAAAAUAUAAUGGGAAGGCAACUUAAGAUAGCGUCACAUUAUCUUUUUCUCCAAUCAGACGCACUUGCUGCCAUUUUGUCAUGUUUGUAAUGGGAAAAUUUGCAGUUUUUGUCAAGUAAAUAUUGUAAAUAAGACAAAUAUAAGCCAACUGGCAUUCUUUAUUAUUAAAAUUGUUUUUAAUAAAGUUUUAUGUUCUUUGUCAUAAUAACAAUAUAGUUAUAAUGAAUGAACAUUUUUGGAUUAGGUGCCAACAUAAGUCUGCUUAACUGGUAAAUAAUUGCUUUUCCCGUUAUAUUACAGUAUAUGUCCCAUUGUUAACUAAAUACUGUUUGAACAUUUUGAUAUGUGAACAAUUAUUGUUUUUAAUAUAUAAUUUUACUAUUCAAGUACCAUUUUCUCUGUUAUUUUCAUGUGCACAAUUGCCUGGCUCUAUACUGGGGCAAAUGCUGCAGGGGCGCCAAAGUCAAUUGUCUGUAUUGGCCAGGUUGUCACACAGCCAUUUUGGACAAGUGGAUAAUUUCAAGAAUUUUCUGUACAAAUAUCAUACAGACAAGUUAAGAAAAGCUUUACUGGUUGGAGACCAUCAACCGGACACUUUUGGAAAAAAUUUCCAUACAGAUUUUAUAAUUUUUAACCUAGAAACAAAAAAAAUUGACACAGUUCAGCUAGGUUCUUCUCCUAACUAAAAAACUAGUUUGUUUAUUUCUGAUUGUAUUGACACUUAUAUCUGAGGCUGAUAAGGAGGGUACCAAAAUUACCUAAAUUGUCAACACUACAGUACCAUGUGUCCGGACAGAUAUGUACAUGAUGUGAUUAAUUUAGAUAAAAGCUUGGGUGUUUUGAUUUUUGACUUUUUACAUGAUAUAAAAUAUGUCAGCAACAAAUGCUGAAGUUUUGGAUAUUCUAUCAUUCCCUCUGCAAAUGAUAAUAGCUGGUAUAUGAGGUCAGGUAUUGCUUUCUUGGCCCCCAAAUUUCAACGUCAACAUUCUUGAAAUAGACAUUAAAAUAUUACCAUUUACAGAGGUUAAAAUAAAUUUAUUUACUUAAUUUUAAAAGAAACAUGCACUUAUUGUAGAUAAAAAAAAGUGACUGACAACCACUGAACAAAGAAAAUACUAAAUUAAGCAUUUUGAGUCCGUCCGGGUUUGGUGGUUGUCGGGUUUUGGUGGUCCCCAACCAGUAGAUAAAAAACAGACAAGACAGACAGAUUUUUGCCAGUCCUGCAGGCUUAUUGCUGUUGGAUUGCAUCAGUUUAGGUAUAGGUUAGGUUUAUUCUCAGUAAAAAUUUGUACUUUAUUUAUCAUGUUUAUAUAAUGUAUUUCCAGAGAAGUACAUUGAUAUACAUGUAUUUUACAUUAGAACCUUUAAAUAUUUUUAAGUUGAGUAUUUUGAAAAAUGUAUCGGUAAAAAAUUGGUAGAACAUAAUUGAGGGGUAGGGGUGGGAGUUGUUGUUGUUGUUGUUU